AUGCUAGCACGAAACCUUACUGCCGCUUUUUCCGAACAACUCCGCGCCGUCAUAAAUAACAAUCCCACUCAACAACGAGUGCGUAAUAAGAAGAGGCGGGAGAGAUCCAGGACCCACCCGAGUCUCAGCAGGACUGAUCAACGAGAUGAUGAAUCUAAGACCACCUCUUGGGAUGCCCGUACAUACCCGAAAAGCAAAAAGCAAAAGGCAUCCGAAAGCGUCCAAUCGCUAGUGGAUAAGAGGAUGGAAGAGAGAAAAAAGGCACAACUCGCGGGAUCUAGCCGUCCCCUCAGUCCCGUCACUAUGCCGCGGAAUGAGGACGGCAGGAGUAGCCUUCAUGAAGAUCUCACACCGAUAAUUUCUCCGUUGGCUACGGAGAUACUGAAUACCCCCAACCCUGGGAAAAUAAAGAUCCCAAACAUGGCGACCUUCGACGGAACGUCCUGCCCAGAGGAACACCUAAUGGCCUACAAGAACCUGAUGCUGCUGUAUACCACUAACUCAUCAUUGUGGUGCAAAUUCUUCCCAACUACUCUCACAGGGGUAGCCUUGACGUGGUAUACCUCCCUUCCAGGAGGAAGUAUCCACAAUUUUGCGCAAUUAGAAGGAAAAUUUCUGGGUCACUUUGUAGCAUCCAGAAGGCAGGAAAAAUCGAACUUCCAUUUGCUCAGCAUCACGCAACUGGAAGGAGAGUCUAUAUCAUCAUACUUGAAAAAGUUCCAUGAGGCGGUGCUGGAAGUAACUGAUUUGGAAGAGUCGGUUGCAUUAAACCCCCUGAUCAACGGAAUGAAGGCUCAGAGGCUGAAGUUCCAGCUGGUCGAGAGCCAAGUAAAGACAUACGCGGAGGCCAUGAAGCAAUGCCAAAGCUAUGUUACGGCCUCCGAAAUAUGCCAGGCACAUGAUCCUAAGAAACGAAGGUCUGAUAAGAAGGAUCUCACAGCCAAUCAUUCCUGA